UUGGGACCAUCAAGUGCAAACUCAGCCUCAGCCUGUUCUCUGGUGGCGCCGGUUGGCUUGCCUCCCUCUUCAACUGUUCCAUCCUCCAGAGCUACUGGCUCCUCGUCAUCUUCCCUUCACUCCGGUCCAAUGGCCCAUGGCUCGCCUCGACCCUUAUUACAGCAGCAACUAGCUCUUUCACACCAUUCAGACUCUGGUUCGUAUUUAGAUUCGAUAGAUGCCGAAGCUGGAUGGCUUGCCGGACCAGUCGGUCGACAAUUAACCGCAGAAACUCUGUUUUUGCGUGAGCUUGAUGGCUGCUUGGGCCGUGUACCGCCAGCCUUCUAUGAAUCUGUCUAUAUUAUUUUGGAACGAUCAUCACGCGGCAUCCUAAUCUGUAACAAAAUGCUUAAUCAGUCAGACAUUUUCCCCUCUUAA